AUGACAGUAUUUGCCACCCGGGCCGGGAAGUUAGGAGAUCCUACGCUGACAGUGGCUUGGUGGAGAUUGUGGGAGAUUGUGGGUGAUUAUGGUGUUGUUGUGUAUUCUUCAACUUUUGGCCCCCAUUCUGACAGGGGUGAGAUGGGAUUUGCUGAGCCGCUGAAUGAGGCGCAUCUUCAAGAUCCCAUAAACUCCCAUCCGGUCAUGGCUAGAGAUUUCCUUAGACAUGAUGGUACAAUGCGAAGUUGUCAGAAUGCUGAGAUGGCAGGUCAGGUGAAGGGAACGGAAAUGGAAGGAUUUUGGUGUAUUACUGCACAGCCCGCCCACAAGAUGUUGAUUGAGAAAGCCCUGUGCCUAAUUCAUUUCUUCAUUAAUGUGCCUCAGUUCUGGCUUUUUCAUAUGCAGAUGACUCACUAA